AUGGCGACCGUCGAAGAGCAAGCCGCGACUAUUCAAUUGCUACAACAGCAGUUAGCGGACGCCCAAAGACUUUUAACAGAGCGGGGAGCAAACGCAAAUCCACCUGACGCCGCACAGGGUAAUUCCCCAGCGUCAGGGACACCCAGGCCGGAAGUGGAGGAAAUCAAUAGCACCCCAAAACUGCCGCCAUUUUGGCACAAAAAUCCAAGCCUGUGGUUUGUGCAAGUAGAGGCCCAUUUUCACGCCAGCCGGGUCAAAGCAGAUCUAACCAAGUACUGUAACGUGGUCGCAGCGCUGGACUCUUACACCCUGCAGGCGAUAGAGGACUUCCUGCGGAACCCGCCGCAAGCUGACAAGUACGAACGGCUGAAGGCCAAGCUCAUAACGACGUUUACGGAGUCCCAGGAACAGCAGCUCCGCAAAUUGUUAAAAGAAAUUGAGCUGGGGGACAAAAAGCCAUCACGCCUCCUUUGCGAGAUGAGAGCGCUUGCCAGGGAGCAGGUGAGCAGCGAGGUGGUGAGGACGCUGUGGCUCCAAAGGCUGCCCCCACACAUCCAGUUGGUCCUUUCCACUAUGGACGGGAUGGAUGGAGAGAAAUUGGCCUCCGUAGCAGACAAACUUACGGAAAUUCCAAUGGCGAAUGUAAUGGCGGUAGGCGCCGACGCCAGCGACGCCAACGGCAUCUGCGCCGUGCGCACCCCUCACAGCGCAUCCGCGCAUCAAGCGGCAGCAACUUUAAACGCUGGCGCCACCAACGCGCUUGUGUCUCUACAAAAACAGUUUCCCGCAGGGAAACUAAUGGCACCGUCCCCAAUCGAGGCAAUGGGCGACGGUCUCGAACACCGGACACAUCGCCUCUUUAUCACCGACCCGCCGUCAAACAUUCGCUUCCUCAUCGACACCGGCGCCGAGGUGUCAGUGCUGCCCAAAUGUUUCGCUACAAACUCGGCAACACCAGGGGAAAACGUCCUAUUCGCCGCCAACAACACCCCUAUUCGAACAUACGGCACCCGACGCCUGACCUUAAGUUUGGGGCUCCGCCGGGCUUUUAGAUGGGAAUUUGUAGUCGCCGGAAUUGCCAAGCCAAUCCUAGGGGCAGAUUUCCUCAACUUCCACAACUUAUUGCCAGAUCUCCGGAACCGGAAGCUAGUGGACGCUACCACGCAGCUACACACACGUGGGGUCGUCGCCGCAGGACAAAGUGAGGUAAUCACCACGGUGGCGAGAACAACCCCAUACCACGAACUUCUGGCCGCUUACCCAGAAAUUACCAGACCACAUACCCCCAAGCCCAAAAGCCAGAGCACCGUGCGACACCACAUUUUCACCCAGGGCCCCCCAGUGGCAGAAACCCCCCGGAGGUUAUCGCCGGAGAAAAUGAAAGUCGCGCGAGCAGAGUUCGAAUUUAUGAGCGAGCAAGGGUGGUGCCGACCUUCAAACAGCCCAUGGGCAAGCCCGCUUCACCUGGUGCCCAAGAAAGUUCCCGGACAGUGGCGUGCAUGUGGUGAUUACCGGAAACUCAACAGCAUCACUGUCCCGGACAGAUACCCAAUCCCCCACGUACAAGACUUUGCAUACAAAUUGCAAGGAAAAAAAGUGUUUUCGACAAUAGACCUGGUGCGUGCGUACCAACAAAUCGCGGUCGCGGACGAGGACAUUCCCAAAACCGCAGUGUGCACCCCAUUCGGUCUGUUCGAAUUUACAGUGAUGUGCUUCGGUCUCCGAAACGCGGCUCAGACUUUUCAGCGUCAUGUUAACGCAGUGCUCGGUGACCUGGACUUUUGCCACGCAUACAUCGACGAUAUUUUGAUAGCCUCGGAGUCCCCGGAGGAACAUAAACAGCACCUGAAGGAAGUAUUCGAACGGCUGAGGCAGCAUAACUUGGUGGUAAAUCCUGCCAAGUGCGUGUUCGGUGUGGAGGAAGUGGAAUACCUGGGCCACCGAAUCACCCCCUCAGGCUGUCAACCACUGCCGGCCAGCCGCGCCUCCAGGGAGGAUAAGAGAUCGACCCGACCUCCGAUUAGAUUUCGCGACUACAUUCCGCAUUGA